AUGGGGAACUGUUAUCAGAAACAUUGCACUUGUCUGGAACCCUAUGUGUCUUGGCUCUUCCAUGAUGUCUGCAGUUGCAGAUCGGGGGAUAAAUGUAACCCUGAGCCAGUCAUCUGCAACCCGAUGGUAGUCUCCACUUCAGGAACACCCAGCCAAUCCGAAGAGAAUAAGGAGGACAGUGAGAGAGUCUUACCUCCUUUUCCUCCAGCAGAACGGAACUGUAAUUUUGUGGCCCUGUUUGAUUACCAAGCCCGUACAGAGGACGAUCUGAGCUUCCAAGCUGGAGACAAACUUGAAGUUCUGGAUAGGUCCCAUGAAGGAUGGUGGUUUGCAAAGCUGCUCUUGGAGAAUGGGUUUGCCAGGCCUGGGCAGAAGCUGCAAGGCUAUAUCCCUGCCAACUAUGUUGCAGCAGAGCAAAGUAUCGAAGCUGAACCGUGGUUUUUCGGUGCAAUGAAACGAGCAGAUGCGGAGAAACAACUGCUGUACGCUGGGAGCCAGGCAGGAGAAUUUCUAAUCAGGGAAAGUGAAAGUCAAAAAGGCGAAUUCUCACUUUCAGUGUUCGAUGGCAUGACUGUGAGGCACUACCGGAUCAAAUGGCUGCAUGAUGGAGGAUUUUUCAUCACCAAAAGGAAAAAAUUUCAGACUUUGACUUCUUUUGUCAGACACUAUAGUAAGAGCAACGAUGGACUGUGUAUACGGCUCGGGAAGCCAUGUGUAAAGACAGAAGUCCCGGCUCCUUAUGACUUGUCAUACCAAACUGCAGAUCAGUGGGAGAUAGACCGUAGUUCUCUGCAGCUCUUGAAAAGAUUGGGUUCUGGCCAGUUUGGUGAGGUUUGGGAAGGCUUAUGGAAUAAUAUCACGCCUGUGGCAAUCAAAACAUUAAAACCAGGCUCAAUGGAUCCAAAAGACUUCCUGAGGGAAGCACACAUAAUGAAGAACCUGAGACACCCAAAGCUUAUACAGCUUUAUGCUGUUUGCACUUUAGAGGAUCCAAUUUAUAUUAUUACAGAAUUGAUGAGACAUGGAAGUCUGCUAGAAUACCUCCAAAAUGACGGAGGUUCCAGGAUCCACCUGCCUCAGCAGGUGGACAUGGCAGCUCAAGUUGCCUCAGGAAUGGCUUAUCUUGAAUCUCAGAAUUACAUCCAUCGUGACUUGGCAGCCAGAAAUGUCCUUGUGGGUGAACACAACGUUUACAAAGUAGCAGAUUUUGGACUUGCUCGGGUUUUUAAGCUAGAAAAUGAAAAUGUAUAUGAAGCCAAACAUGAAACAAAACUACCUGUGAAAUGGACAGCUCCUGAAGCAAUUCGCUCCAGUAAAUUCAGCAUUAAAUCUGACGUGUGGUCAUUUGGAAUACUUCUCUUUGAAAUAAUCACAUACGGAAAGAUGCCUUAUUCAGGUUUGAUGGGCUAUCAAGUAAUCCAGAAACUGGAUCAAGGGUACAGAAUCCCUCAGCCAGAGAACUGUCCUCAAGAACUGUAUAACAUCAUGCUGCAAUGCUGGAACGCCGAACCCCAGGAGCGGCCAACUUUUGAAACAUUGCACUGGAGACUGGAAGAUUAUUAUGAUAUGGAUUCUAUGGCCUAUUUAGAUUCAAACAGUUUUGUCAAAUGA